AUGCCUAUCCUGGCCAAGCUCCUCUCGUCAUGGAUGGGAACUGACGAGCCCGCCAAACCGCCCACGCAACAGCCCACGCAAGCACGACCUCCUCCACCACCACCACCACCGCAGCCGACCUCCCAAACCCAGAUACUUCAGCCGCAGCACUCACCAGAAGAACAAUUCCGCCGCUCGGCAAAGCAGUUGGGCCUGUUUGCUGCCGGGGCUGGCUUUCUCACCCUCUCGACCUUGAUCACGCGACGCGCUGUUGCGCGCCGGAUGGUCGAGUCGGCGCCGAAAAUGUUCCAUCCGAGUCAUCACGGCCCGGUAAUACCACCGCGGGGACAGAAGGACAAGGGAGACGACGCGUUCGUGGCGGUAGAGGCUCUGGGCCUGGCAACACUGAAUGUCUUCAGCUUUGGAGUCAUGAUGACGGGCGGGUUCAUGUGGGCUUUUGACAUAUCCAACAUUGAGGAUCUCAGGAGGAAGGCAAGAGCAUCAUUGUACGGGGUGGACGGCGUCGUCGACUCGGCUGCGGAGCAGCAGGUCGAGGAGUGGAUCGCGGAGGUCCUGUCGAAGAAAGAAAAGCGGGAGAAGGAGCGAGGCAACGACGGCAAGAAGAAUGGAUGA